CGAUGGAACACUUUCAGAAGAUUGAAAAGAUUGGCGAAGGUACGUACGGGGUGGUGUACAAGGGACGCAACAAGCUCACCGGCGAGAUCGUGGCCAUGAAGAAGAUCCGGCUGGAGGCGGAAGACGAGGGCAUCCCUUCGACGGCAAUCAGAGAGAUCUCGUUGCUGAAAGAGCUGAAGCACCGGAACGUUGUGUCGCUGCUCGACGUGCUGAUGGAGGAAAAUCGCCUCUAUCUAAUCUUCGAGUUUCUGUCGAUGGAUCUGAAGAAGUACAUGGACAGUCUACCGCCGGAGAAGAUGAUCGAUUCCGAUCUGGUCAAAAGCUACAUGUACCAAAUUACGGCCGCAAUGCUGUUCUGCCACAAAAGGCGUGUCCUGCACCGUGAUCUGAAACCACAGAACUUGCUUAUCAACAAGGAGGGCGUCAUCAAAGUGGCUGAUUUUGGGCUGGGUCGUUCGUUCGGCAUCCCAGUACGCAACUACACACACGAGAUCGUCACGCUCUGGUAUAGGGCACCGGAAGUGUUGCUGGGAUCACCGCGCUACUCCUGCCCGGUAGACAUAUGGUCGAUUGGAUGCAUUUUUGCCGAGAUGGCCACACGAAAGCCACUGUUCCAGGGUGAUUCGGAAAUCGAUCAACUGUUCCGCAUGUUCCGUAUACUGCGCACACCGACGGAUGACAUUUGGCCGGGUGUGACGUCGCUGCCGGAUUACAAAUCCUCGUUCCCGUGUUGGACGCAGAACAAUCUCGCUAGUCAGGUGUCGAACCUGGAUUCGGCCGGUAUCGAUCUGCUGCAGAAGUGCCUCAUCUACGAUCCUAUGUUGCGCAUCUCGGCAAAGAAGAUCCUCGAACACAAGUACUUCGAUGGGUUCGAGCGAGGCAGCAUACCGACCGAUUAGUGGAAAUGGGGUGAGGCACUUUUUC